CCAGUGCCGUGCAAGAUUGCAAAGCCUUCUGUCCGCUUCGCGAGCCCAGCUCGCUGUGGCUCUCUCUAGGAGCUGCACAGAUAUUUCCUGGCUUCUGAUUCAUAUGAAAGAUGACGCCUCUACCCCGGUGGGUGUUGCUGGCGUUACUGUUGGCCGUGGUGGCCGCGCAUCCGGUCGACCACGCAUGCGUCCGUCUGUGCCGUGCACGGAACACCAGCCCCGAGAGCACGGGAGUUUGCGAGCACCAGCUGAAACUCGUCCUUCAGUCCAGCGGAGGCCGGUUGCCGAUCCGACGUCUCCUGAGGCUCUGCUUCACCCCGUACCAUGGUGCUGGCUCGUCGGAGAGCCCGUUCUUCGACGACACCGAGGUCUGUCGCGUGUUCAGACAGUCGCUCAUCCGGCGUCACGGUUGCACCUGUGAAGACAUAGACGAUGUCAAAACGGGAGACCUCGAGGAGGAUCGUUGGAGGGUGCAGAAGUUCGAGAGAGAUUGGUCGAAGAAGGCUGAAGAGUUUGGUAUGUUGAGGAAGGACGAAGAAGACAGACCCAUGGUCCCGGCUGACGACCGAGGUCAGCAAGGGCCAGAGAUGAAGGCUCUUUUCGAAGCCAUCGCGAAGAUCGGCGAAGCAGGGGAAGAUCCAUCGAGCAGAGCAGAGUCCAAGGACGAAGUCAUCGAGAUUUCGGAUCCCGGCUCUCGUGUGGACGAGCAUAACGACGUGGACGACGCGACCAUCGACUGGGAUCUGUGGUGCAUGGCCCAGUGUGACAGCGGCCAGGGCGCCAACGCCUGCAAUUGUGACAUUGUACCAUGAAGAGGACUGGCUUCUGGGUGAAUGAAGAUGAAAGGAGCAGAGAUUCACGAAUUUACAUAUCUCGUAGGUUAGUCGGUGCGAUGGUACCAGGUAGUCUUAAUACCGGAUAGUCUUAAGGUCAGUCUGUUUCCGUUGACGAUACCUAAACGCAAUUCUAUAUCUUCCUUUCUCGAUCAACGCGUCGAUAAUCCUCUUCGUGAGUCUCUCAUCGAUCAAGUGACCAUUCGUUCGUACGCAAUCCCGCGAGAUGUGUGUCACGGAGUUGACAGAAGCGAAUUUCGCGUCUGCCUAUCAGAUGACGAUUUUCGAACCCGUCAGGGAUCCAUCGAUCAACGAAAAUAGAGUAAAUAGAGACACUUUGGGGGAAGAUUUUCGAGAUGAUUUAGCCACGAGAUUAUCGGCGUGCGGGUCGUCGAAUAGCUUAAUUGCUUCCUUAGGCUUAAGACUCUUCUAGACGCUGGGUCCGGUUCACGCGCUUAACGAGGAAGCUUAACGUCCAAGGGAAAGCUUUUAUCAGACUGCAAUUGGGGUUUUCAUUGGGACAAAGGGGAUUUUCGUUGUCAGCAGCGAGCUAUCGCGCCGUUUCACGAUGCAAGAAUGACACUUCCUUCGCACAACGGUGCACAGCGUGGAGAACCAGAGGACACACGAUCAUUCCGCGAGCAUUGUUCCUUCUCGAGGCGUGUGAACGGGACACCGACGAGCGAUGUGUGUAUUAUGCAAUAAAUAGUAUUUAUACGUGGCCGCGAUGCUGCAAACGCGUGCAUCGACGAGUCACUAUGCCUAGUUUCCUAAGACUUCUAAUCGUAGCCGGUAAUCUUUUACACGACCGUGGUACUCGAUAAGCUGUCAUAAGUUAACUAUUAAGCUGUUCGUUAAGCGAAACGAAACACAAGAUCCAUGUCUUCCAAUUUCGUAGUCUCCUUGCUGAUACGCGUGCGAUCGAGCCUCGAGGAUGACGGAACAAUCCGACAGGUCGAGCAGAACAAUGCAAGCAUGAGAGUAUUGGUAGUUGUUGUUUAAGCGAUUAUUUUCAAACGCGACCACGUCCCAGUCGGGUGAAAUCCACGGUCCUGAAUGAUCGAUGAUCUCUCCCGAGCUGGGAAAUAACGUGGAUCCGUUUAUUUGUAUAGAUGCCGUUCGAAAAACGUUGUGACGCGACAAUAAGACGUAGAUAGUAUGCCUUUGCGAUGCAAACUUUGUCUUUCGCGCAAUUUCGACCUAUGCAUCCGUCUGUCAGGAAGAGUACAGUUAAAGAGCAAUUUGCCACGCCACGAUAUCCUGCAAUAAGCACGGUAAACCGAGGGAACAGGUUCCUCAGCGAGGAUCGACCUGCACAUCGAAACAUUAACAAAGUAUUAGUCAGAAAUGCGCGAAAGACUCGACUUCAGCAAUUUAUUAUCUGGGCUAACGUGUAGUUGUAAGUGGAAUAACUGCUUUGUAAAUAUUCCUACGAAUAUAUCUGGGAGGCUUCCUAUGGCCGACGAUAAUGUCGAGCAGUCGAAACUUUGGGGUACCAAUUUACAAAUCUAGGAUAUAAUUCGUGCGAUUUAAUGGUUGUUCGUGUCGAUAUCGUAAGGUGUUGUAUUAUGGUAUGGGAAAUUGAGAUGCGUGGCUGCUGCCAGAAGGCAAUCUUGGAAUUAGAUUAAAUAAGUUAUGUAUGUUAGGGUAACGAAUUUUACGCUCAAAGGCUUACUCGGUCGUAAAUAUACAAGUUAUUCCG